CGAUCAAGCAGAAAGUACCGAACGAAUGCUGCCUACGAAACUCGUAUGUUGUGCCACACGACGGUAGGGCGUGUGUUUGUGCAAAAACUGUACGAUUCCUUCGUCCCGUCUCUCAAGAAGCUGUUACCAGAUGAGCUAAAACCCUUUGGAAAACACGUUUCGAAGCGGUUUCGAUCGUCCCAGCGCCGGAAGGAUGGAUUUCAUCAAAAGUGUUCUUCCCCCGCUGCCGAAGCUCCCGAAGCUGAAGAAGAUUCGCAACUGGAACGGUGGCUCACUGCUGAGCCUGAACCAGUUCCCGUCGCUGCCGCCUUCGUUCGGGCUUGGCAGCUUCAUGCACUCCGGUGCGGUGCCGCCGCCAGCACCGAAUCCGCAAUGCAUCCAGCCGGCGAUUUCGGGCGGGGCCGGGGGAAGCCAGGAAGGAAGGCCACCGGCGCACCGGAACGCACCGCACCAUUACCGGCAGCAUCAGCAUCAUCGGCGCAAUCCCUCGGAUAUUUGUAUCAUCUCGACGGCGGCGGUGAGCAACCAGUCCCCGGCCGAGUUCAGCCGGCGGGACAACUUCGGACUGUACGCACUCAAGUGCGAUCGAAGCGCGGCCAAGCGGGGCAUCCUGCUGAACCUGCCGCGCAAACUCACGCAGGCCGUGGUCGGUGAGGCCGUGGGCACCGGUUCCAUCAGUGGGCCGCCGUCGUCCGACCAGUUGGUGCACGAGAAGUUUUCCCCUUGCAAACGUCCCACGGCGCUUGAUGGGCAGCCGGAGCAGGGGGCUUCCAUUAGGCCGCCCCCAAGACGAAGGAAACGUUCGACGCCACCGCAAGCCCGCAACGGGUCGGAGCGGUUGUCGGAGCGAUCGUCGGAGCUGGGUCGGUGGGAAAAGAAUAAUAGCGAGCUAUUCCGCAUAGUGGAGCGCGAAUCGGCGAGCGCGGCCCGGGCCCGCUCGGCCGGCGGGGUGGGGCUAGGCGGAUGGGCCAGGAAGCCGGAAGUGCCCGUUCCGGAUCGAACCACCGGCUUCCCGCCGGCUCCACUCAAAACACGCUCGGUAGAUAACCUGCUGGCCAUUCGGUACCAUCGACGGGCGCGCCACGAUCCGCGAGAGCAGCACCCGAGGUCGGAAAGUGACAGCGAAUCGGACGCACAUCAGGUGCGCUCGCUGCGUAUCCAUCCCCCGGCGUAUCCUCGGCGAUCGCCACGAAGCGCGAAGAAAAAGUCACCUCAAGACGGGCCCCCGAUCGCUUCCCAUCGGCGUCAGGCAUCGGGUGGUGACCUCCGGCAACCGGUCGGGCAGCGUGCAAACGGCCAGCCGACACCAUCCUCGUCCUCGGCAGCCGCCAUCAUGCACUUUAAGCUGCAACGUGCGUCCGAUUUCUCCAUCGAGAACAACUCCGACGAGAUCGAGGUUCGCUUUCGGAGCAAUAAUGUGUGCUGCGAAGAGGAGGCGAUGGUGGAACCCCCGGCCUCGGUUGUUCCUGUCCCCGAGCGGCAUCCCCUCCCGCCCCGUGUCGCCCAGCUGCGCCGUGGAAAUUCACGUUCAAGUGCGCCCGGUAUGGGUGGACGCACUGUAAAACCCCAAGCUGUUGUCGAGCGAACGAAUGGACCGUCCGUGCCCAGAUCCGAAAAGGCAACCGACGUUCCGAGCGACAAGUUUGUCCCGUUGGCGGAGGUGUUGCGCAAAUCGAUCGACUGCGGUGAGCUAAAACGCAAAUGGAUCAAUGAGUUCCUCAAGGAGGCUGAAGCCGGAGAACGAGCGACCGAGCCCGAUAUUUCAUCCCGCACCGGCGAGCUUCAGGAGGAGGUCGAACGCCGCAGCAUCCGACACCGGAUUGAGCCACCGUUGCAAAGCCACCAGGAUGAUGAUUCGGCUGGCAGUGUCGAUAUCUUCCGACGGCCAACGUGCGACUUCGAAGAGUUUGACGAGCUGUUCUCGGGAGGCCAGAAGCACCCGGAGCCGGAUAAUGGCCCGAGAAAGUCCGUCAAGCUGAGUGAGCAAAUCACGUACAUUGAUCGCAGCAGCACCACCAGCAACCUCUGCUUUUCGUCGUCCUCGUUUUCGUGCGCCAGCAUCGAUCUGGGCACUGGUGAGACUAAAACUUCGAUUCCGGUACCACCACCGCCACCACCUCCACCACCGUUACCAGCAGCCAAAAGCACGGCAGUCACAAUUACUUUGUCCGAGCAAAAGGCCGGUGCCGGAAAGCGCAAGGGCAGGAGCUCUAGCGGAUCCAGCUGCAAGAGUACGGUUAUUAUACAGGACUACAGCAGCAAGCAACUGCAGCGGGUGCGCUACCUAUCCUCGCCGUCUCCUUCACGCAGUUCCACGACCAUACCUCCUCCCGAGGAGAUGGGCACCGGGGACAUACAACGAACUGUUGACGGCACAGUGCUUCCCUUCAACUUAAUACAAACAGCCCGUGCUUACGAUGCAAAUGAUGUGUUUUAUCCUGCUUCAUGUGACCAGGCGGAUAUGUUCACUAGCACUCCACGGCAUUUAACUGCCACCGAACCGAACGGCCUACACCAAAUCACAGACCUUGACCUUGUUGGUCCAAGGCCGGCAACGAAAACAACAGCUGCCACUGUUGAUGCUGUCAAACUGUCUUCAGUGCAACCAGCUGGUUCCGCAGGGUCACCUAUACAGCACUCACCGGAACGAAGCAGCCCUGCACCAGACGGAUACAGUGCUGGACGGUUUAUCAACCCUAGAUUCGAGCAUAUCCCAUAUAAUCAACCAAAUAUCAAUAGCUGCUGUACCGAUACACACCUUAGAAACGCGACGUCUAUAACAACAAGUGCUACUGUGGCUGUAUCCAGCGAUUAUACUACAAUUAGCCAAACUAAUCAACCAGCUAUAAGUAACAACCCGAACAGGGUAUUCAUCAUUGGCGAAGCGUUCCAAAACGGCAACGGUCUCGCAUACCAUCGCGAGCUUACCUAUCGUUCCUCUAACCUGCCCGCGUACUACCAAUCGUUACCGGCGGUGCCAAACCUUAGGCCAACGGAAUAUUCACCGCAGAGCACUGCCGAGCGGCAACCAAGCGGCCACAACGGGUCCGAUGGUACUUCCAGACGCCACCCUCCGAUGAUUGCAUCGGCAGCAGACAUCCGAGCAUUACAGCAACCAGCUUCUGGCGCGGGUGGCGUUACGAGCCCGUUUAGUGUUAUACCGGACUACGAUGAGUAUUACAACGAAGAAGGAGUCAUUAUUAUCUAAACCCCAUAAGAAGUAACCAAAAUUUCAAACACUCCGCUCUACUACCAAAAACAUUCUCCCAAUUCAAUUGUGUAAUGGACCGACGCCUUACAAAAACGCUUGUGAAAUACCGACACCCAAAUGGGAUCUAUUGAG